GGGUGACGGGCUGGCGGCCCCAUGAGCGGGCGCUGCCGGGUCGGUGCAGCUUCGCUGCUGUGGGGGCUGAUCGGCCCCUCCGCCCUCGGCCUGGGCGGGAGCAUGAGCCUUUGCGGGACGCCGGCCGCCUGCGCCGCGGGACCCGCGAGCGGUGGUGGCGGCGGCGGUGGAGGUUUCUCGUCAGCGCGGCUCAGCCCGCCGUGGCUGCGGCUGCCGGAGGUGGUGGGUGCGGAGCCGCAGCGGGCCAACGAUCUGCUGCUGCUGCUGCCUCCGGCCCCGCGCGGCCCGGCACCGCCUCAGCAUCACGUCGUGUACUUCCCGGGGGACGUGCAGAACUAUUAUGACAUCAUGUCUUGCCACCCAGAAAACUUUCAGUGGGAGCACUGGAGUUUCGAAAAUGUUGCUACCAUACUUGCUCACCGAUUCCCUAAUAGUUUCAUUUGGGUUGUAAAGUGUUCUCGAAUGCACUUGCACAAAUUCAGUUGUUAUGACAACUUUGUGGCUAGCAACAUGUUUGGAGCACCAGAGCACAGCACCGACUUUGGAGCUUUCAAGCAUCUCCACGCAUUGCUAGUUAAUGCAUUCAGACUCUCUCAGAAUAUUCUGCAGUCCCAGAAAUCCGCACAUGGUUUCGGCAAGGAUGCAAAAGUAUCUGCUCGUAAAUCAGAGCUGCAGUCUGUUCCUACAGCAAAUGGCUGCUCAUCCACAGAAAGAGAGAAAGAUUGUGAAUGCUCUAAUAAUUCCGCCAUGAACUUUGUUAUACCAUCUGCCGUAGGUGCAGCGUCAUUUACUUUGAUUGGCUUCAGUAAAGGUUGUGUGGUUUUGAACCAGCUGCUUUAUGAGCUGAAAGAAGCUAAGAAAGACAAGAAUACAGACGCCUUCCUAAAAAACAUAAAAGCCAUUUACUGGUUGGAUGGUGGUCACUCGGGAGGAAGCAAUACUUGGGUUACUUAUCCUGAAGUGCUGAAAGAACUUGCGCAGACGGGAAUUGAAGUUCAUUCUCAUGUUACGCCAUAUCAAGUGUUUGACACAAUGAGGUCAUGGAUUGGGAGAGAGCAUGAGAAAUUUGUACGGAUACUUGAAGAAUUUGGUGUGGAAAUAAAUGAUCAACUACAUUUUGCUGAUGAAGUUCCCUCCUUAGAUAACCAUUUCAGAGUUCAUGAAGUGUUUUGAGACUGUAUCUAAAUAGUAUAUUCAUUGCAAAAGCACUUUUGAUGUGGUAAAUCCUGUUAUCUAGAUUUACAGCUUUGAGCAGAUGCUUUCUGAAGAGAGUACUAAAUCAGUCCUGAGUUACUAAUAGCUGCCAUAUAUGCAUUUUAAGUAGCUUCAAAAGGAGGACAUCUGCAAGACGUCAUCAUUUGAUUCCUGAAAAGAAAGAAAAAAAAAUCCUGUUAUGAAGAGUUAUUCUAUAAAUGUUUUGUGCAAUUACUGUCAAAUUAUUGGCAGAAUUUUUAGUCCUGGAUAUCUGAAGUCAUAUGCUACCUUCUAUAGGAGUUUUGAGUACUCGAGACUUUCACGUGUAUGGAUACGUCAACUUAGUAGCUUAGUGGCUAAAAACUUUGGUCUCUGUCCAUGGCAGAUAUGACAUUAGUUUUUUGGUGUAAGGAUAAUGAUUGUUAGAGCAAUCUUAGUUGUCUAUUUUGUUGAAGAUUGUUUCCUUUAGUUAACUAAAUCUUCCAGUUUUGUAAUGUUUCUCCUAAUUGAAAAAAAAAGUCAUGAGUAUUUACCUUUGGAACAAUAGUGCCAAUCUGUUUUUCUUAUUCAUGAGCGCCUUGCCUUUCUGUGGAUACAAAGUUUCCUUAACUCAUUGCACAGUGUCUGCUUGUGAAUAGCCAUUUUGCCGGGAGCUUGAAAACUUAGACAUAGCUACGUUGAGUGACCAAGAAUGUUUGUAAGGGUGUAGUUUAUUGCUAUUUCAACAUACCUUGCUAUUAUUUUGACUAACUUCUGUAAGGACCAGCAGUAAUAUCUGCAUUUUCAGCUCAAGGGGUAUCUUUAGCCCUUCUGAUCUUGGACUGGUGAAGUUUUCCUUACAAACUGCAGCAUUAGCGUUCACCUAAAUCAAGCCGUAAGUACAUACUGUAUGAGAAGUUGCAUUAAAAAUUUUAGACUGUUGCCUGUAGCCAUUUUGUACUUCUUGUGUUUGUAGAACUAUUCUCCUUUGCAUGUAUUCCAGUAGCUCCUUGUAGAGCCACCCAAAAAUCUAUCUUCAGAACUUAAUGUUCUAGGCAGGAAAUUAAAAAUGAAAACCAAAACCAACACGCAAUUCUAACUAAAAACAAGGCCAGACAAAUCUUGCUCUUGCCUCAAACCUGAGUAUUUUUCAACAUGAAAGAUGGACAUAAUGCAGUUUUCUUUUUUUUUUUUUACUGCUGUAAACAACUUUUUCUAUUUAUCUACAAAUAAAUCAUAGUGAAUCCUUAAAGACAAUUGCAGCUUUUAGCAGUGAAUCCGUGGCUGAAAAUGGCCUUGGAUUUCCUGAAGGAUAGAAAUACAAAAGCAAGUUAGGGAAAAUUGUAGAAACAAAUAUGGCUCAGUUCUGGAAAAGUUUUUUAUUCAACACUGUUCCCACGUUUGAUUACUCAGUAUUACCCUUCCCCCUGUUUCUUGCUUCCUGUUACUCUUAAACUGUGGAAGGAAAGACCUGGGUCAUCUUUCCUCUACUGGGAUACUUGUAUAUACAGGUUUCACUGGAGAUGGUAUUCUGACAUCUCUUGCAAUGUUGAUGCACAUACUAAUGACCACUGAAGAAUGAGAAAACUUUGUUGAACUCGGAAAACUUUUUUAAAAACUCAAAAUAUCGAGAGCAAUAGAAAGAAUUGUGCGUACUUUACUGAUGUGGAAGAGAGCUGUCACUAAUAAUGAGGCCAUGUGUACCACUUUGAUCAAAGGUAGAAAUAAGCUAUUUUAAUUGCUGAAGAAAAGAGCAACAUGUAAACCAACUAACAAAGGAAUCUGACAUCUAGUUCCAUCUAUGUUUGUUUUUCUUGGUUGAUUGUUUCUAAAUUUUCUUGGAGACUUUGUUCAACUCUAUUUAUUACCAUUUUAAUGAGAUUCUAAAUACUUACCUGUUCUAAAGAAGAACUGUUUUAGUUCUUUCGAUAACCCUUGUGUCAUACAUUAGGACUCUUUUCUCUAAAGGAAAUGUGGACCACCUUAAAAAUGGUUUUAGUGGCCUACACAUGCCUGCAGAUUGCUUGAAAUAUCGUUGAUUGUCCACAUUUAAAUUGAAAUAAACAAACAUAUAUAUCUUGUUCCCCGUCAGUUCAGCUUAUCUGCAGAAUUAAGCAGACUAAUUUAGAUAUGCUGAGACUUGCCCUACCCAGCAGCAGCGUAGAUCACAGACCAAUUCCUAAACAGUUCAGUGCCAGCCAAAACAGCAGGAGUAGGUUGGUACAAGCUUUUGAAAACAACUGUUAAAAUAUUGGCAUCAUCUUCAGGAGUUCCUGAGCAGCUGUCCUUUGAAAAUAACACCAACUUGUUUGGUGGAGGUGGCUUACAAUAAUUUGUUAAGCAAAAUCAACUAAUCUCACUGUGACACUUAAUGUUGUGGAGGGAAAACUGCCUGUUUUUUUCAUUCUCUAGCAGUUGUAAUACUCUGUUGGAUGUGCCUCGUUUAUUACAAUGCAUGCUAAAAAUGAUACGCAAAGAAUGUAGAAAAUAAACUACUUAUAAUGGGUGAAAACA